AUCAAUUUAUUUAAUAAGUAUAAGUACUAGUACUUUCCGAGCAAUUAAACUGCCCUAAAUUCCUUCAACCCUAGACAUUAGAAGCCUAUAUAUUCUCACCUUAUGACAAAAAAAAUAUAUUGCAGAGACAAACCAUGGCUAAUUCUAUCAUGCUUUUCCCUGUCCCUUUGGUAGCCUCUUUUUCCUCUAUUGAUGGUGCCCGAUUUACCGUCAACCUUAUUAAUUCCCCGAUGCCAUGGCAUCAAUCCUUACAAGGCUACCGUGGCGAUGUUGUGGUUGACACUAGCAACUUCGCCCAGUUUAUGGUGAAUAUUUCACUCGGUGAGCCACCGGUUCCCCAACUCCUCACCAUGAACACCGUAGUUUCCUCGGAUAACAAGUGCGACUCCAAUAAUAAUUGCAAGUUCUACGUGGGUUACACUGACGGAUCCACCGCAAAAGGGGUUAUUGCAACUGAAAAAGUUACGUUGACGACGUCCGAUGAAGGUAUGGUCUCUAUCUUGGACGUGGUGGUUGGAUGCGGACAUGACAAUCAUGAAACCUUUGAGCAGACUAGUGGGAUUCUUGGUCUAGGGCCGGAGAGUAUAUCUUUGGCCAGACAACAUCGGUGGAGGGUGGUGUGGUUAUUGACUCUGGGACCUCCCUCACGGUGCUCAAUGAGGCUAGCUGCUUAUGAAGCACUCAGCACGGAGGUGACUAGUUUGCUGCAAGGAAAGCUAGAACGCGUGAACCAUCCAACUUACUUAUGCUACAAGGGGGAUGUUAGCCGAGACUUGACGGGUUCUCCGGUUGUUACUUUUGAGUUUGCUGGCGGGGUGGAGCUAGGAUUUGACGUACAGAGCUUGUUUCUUCGGAAUGGAUCAGGGGAGUUCUGCAUAACUGUGAAAAAGUCUCCCCCGGGCUACAAGAACAAGAAUAUGAUAGGGGUAACCGCACAACAGAAUUACAAUGUAGGGUAUCAUGACCUUGUGGGGAAAAAGGUUACUUUCCAAAGGAUUGAUUGCCAGCUUCUUGAAAUGUCUAUCAAUUAAAAUAAUUAAAAUAGAAUCUAUUUAUUUUAUUAUAUACCUUUUUUUUUUUUUUUUGUUAUGAGAUUCAUUUUAAUUUUUCUUUCUAUUUUAAAAUUUGAAAUAGAAGUCUUUAUUUGAU